AUGGCGUCCGGGGCUCGUGAGCCCCGCGCUGGGGUUCCGCGAGUUUCCCGGGGAUGCAGUGGCCCUUUCCCAUCGAGCACCCAGUUCUGCUGCGAGGACCACCCCAGCCAGGGUUCGGGCCAGACCAAGGGGCCUCCGGUGGCGGAGGGUCCCGGCUCCCGCCUGCCACGAAACGUGCUCAGCGAGAGGGAGCGCAGGAAGCGGAUCUCCUUGAGCUGUGAGCGCUUGCGGGCUCUGCUGCCCUGGUUUGAUGGCCGGAAGGAGGACAUGGCCUCGGUCUUGGAGAUGGCAGUGCAGUUCCUCCAGCUGGCAGGCACCCUGGUGCCCGGUUGGGAGCAGCAGGCUGUUCUCGCUUCCUCCAAGGAGCCGUGGCUCGCGUGGCAGACGGAUGUCCUGCAGCUGGCCCUGGCGAGUCAGGCCCCGGCAGGUGCCCCGGACACCGGCGCGGAAACGUCCAGUGUGAUGUCAGUGUCCCCGUGGGGCCGGGGGCUGUGGGGGGGCGGUGUGCGGACCACUCAGAGGCUUUCCUUUUGUCUUUGCACAUCGUGCAGGCAUCAGACCCCCCCGAGCUGCGCGGCCACGAGUGUGGACGAAGAUGAGGCCCUGUCGGGGGUGGCUGACGUGCUGGACAGGCCGCUGGCCCCACCUGAGUCGCCCGGCCUCGUCCCCCGGUCCCCAGGCCCGAGACCCCCCAAGGUCCUGAGGCCGUCCCCUCUGUGGCCAGUUCGCUCGCAGCAGCCCCCCUCCCCGCUGGUGAGUGAGGAGCCUCGGAGCUGCCUGGGCCAGGCUGGGCCCCCUGCUCAGGGUGCCGACAAGGCCCUGAUGCUGGACUCCAGGUCUGUGUCAGGAUGUGAUGUGGCCGAUGGCGCGUCCUUUCUGCUGACCCCUGGUCCCGACUGGUGGCUGGGGUCCCUGGAGGGCAGAGGCAGUGGCGCCCCUUCUCGGGCGGCCGCCAGGAGCAGCCCGCUGGACAGGCUUGAGCCGGGCUUCCUGGGAGACCCCGAGUCUGGCCCCCAGGAGGAGCCCCUGGACGGGCCCCUGGAGCCGUGGGGCUCGGAUGUGAGCUGCCCUAGCCCGGUCCUGCGGGACGAGGUGGACAGCAUCUUUCCUGACUUCUUCGCUUGCUGA